AUGACAAGUUUAGAGUUCGCCCCUUUAGCACCACCAUUCAAAGUUAAAGCCAAAUAUGGUUGGUCAGGUCAAGCAAAAGGCGAUCUAGGAUUUCUUGAGGGGGACGUAAUGGAGGUCACAAAGAUCACUGGUGAUUGGUAUUAUGGCCGUCUCUUAAGAAAUAGAAAAUGUUCGGGAUAUUUCCCCAAUAAUUUUGUUAAGAUAGUAGAAGAAAGGUUGAAUGAAACUUCUAAUACUUCUACACCAACAUCCUCUCAUCCUAAUAAAAAGAAGGACUCUAAAGUACCUAAACAGCAGGAGGCAUCAAAUAAGGUGGUAAUACCGCCCAUUCCUUCUAGAUCAGUGGAUCAUUCUUCUACUAGAAGUAGUAGAAAGCCUACAUCGGCCUCUACUACGAAUGAUCAUUCUUUAUAUACUAACGGUAAUAACUCUAUACCAAAUGUCACUACAAAUAGCGUUCGACCUACAGGUCCUAAAUACAAAUCUUCUAGUGCAAUGAAAACUGUUCAUAAUCAUUAUAAUUAUAGUAACUCAAAUGAUUUGCAAAACUUCUCUAAUAAUAAUGUAAAUUCAAAUAGAAUUCAUCAUUAUACAGACCGUCGUAAAAUGACUAGAACUCCAUUAAAUAUAAAGACAAAUUAUUCGGAUGAUUCAUUACCACCACUACCGCAAAUUCCAAAUUUUUCUUCAAGAUUUGAUGAUAAUAAUAAUAGUAAUAGACAUUACCCUUCACAUGCACCAAUUAAUCCAAUUCCGACGAAAUCUUAUUCCAUGAAUGAUAUUAGAACUUCUCGUUAUAGAGAUUCGGAUUAUUAUAGAGAUAAUCAACAAUUUUUUGAUGGAUAUCAACCAACUAAUAAAUCAAAUGAAAGCUUAGAAUCUAAUUCUUCAACUGGAAUCUUUUCAAACUCAAAAUAUAUGGAAAAUUCUUUAACAAGUAGUGAAAAUAGUUUUGCAUUAAUGAGCGAUUUUAGUGCUACAAGCGCAGGCUCCUUAGCAAGACAUAAAUAUGCUCAAUCCUUUGCUGACUCGUUAGAAAGAUCUCAAACAAGUAAUAAUAUGCUGUUAGACCUAUCGUUGAACACCACUUCUACUAAUAUUCCUUCAAAUAGUUCUUCGAGUAAAAUGGGUGGUUUAUUAAGCAAAUUUUUACCAAAAAGUAAUAAUAACAAUAAUGCUUCUAAUAAUAACAAUGGCGAUAAUUCAUUACCAGGUACACCAGUUACACCAGUAGGUGAUUAUCCAAGAUUACCAGAUUUAAGGAAUUUAAAUAUUUCUCAAACUCAUAAUGAGGCUAGAGACUGGUUGAAUGUUAAAUCUCAAGUUAAUAGAUCGAGAACUUUAACAAAGUAUGAAAAGCAUCCAAGAUACAUGAGAGUCUUAGAACAAAACAGAGAUUUGGUAUUACAUCCUCAAGAUGCCAUUUAUAAUGAUUUAAAUACAAAUGAAGUAAAAGGUAAUGAUAUUAUCCCAGGCCAAUUGACUUUAGAUUUAUUAGAAAUGAAUGUUGAUUAUGUUGAUAAGAUGACUAGGAAAAGAUGUAUCAAGGAUGGUGCUAUGCGAAUUGAUAAUUGGUCUCAAACUACUUUCUCGGCCAGAUAUCCUACUGUUUUAGAAAAAUUAAGAGGUAUUUACAUCUUUUGUACAGAAAUGUUUGAAUUAAUUGAUGAUAAUGGUGUGACAAAUUUUACUCAAGAACCUCCAAAUUUAGAUCAAACUCUACAUAAGAGAUAUUGUACACCGUAUGAAUUGACUUGGUUAUUCAAAAAAUUAUCAAACUCAUUAGGUAUUACAUGUGAAAUUGUUAUUGGGUUUUUAAAAACCCCUACUGCAAAUAAUUGGGAAUUUAAAUAUAAUCAUUGUUGGUUAAGAGUCUUAGUUAAUAAAGAAUGGAGAUUCAUUGACGUAAUUUUAGGUAAUAUAAGUAAUCCGAUUCAUGAAUUUGUUAAUAAUAAAAAAAGAAUUAGAGCAGAUGAUUCAUAUUUUAUGGUAGAACCUUUGGAUUUUAUUUAUACUCAUAUUCCACCAAGAGAAUUCGAGCAGCAUAUUGUUCCAAGCGUAGAUCCAUUAUCAGCCAUUUACCUACCCUUGGUUUUCCCAACUUUCUUCCAAAACAAUAUUAAAUUGUAUAAAUUUAGUACCGCUUUAUCGUUUUUAGAAGAUUCUGAAGUUUAUGAAUGCUCUUUAGAGAUUCCAAGCGAUAUCGAAGUAUUUUCAUCGGUUGUGGUUAAGACAGAUAAUCAAGAAAAAGAAAUAGAAUGUGGUAAGAAGGAAUUAGCUUUGACUCAAAUUAGGAGAAAUAAAGCUGAAAGUGGUAGAAGAAUAGUUGUUAUAAAAGCUAUAUUACCACCAGGAAUUACAGAGGGUAUGUUAUAUAUUCAUUCUGGUCUAAGAGGCUCUCAGACGACUGUUGCUAAUAUACAUCCUUUAUCAAUGAUUAUUCCAUUAUAUCAUAAGGGAGAAGAUAUGAAUUUCGAAUUUGUGGUAAGAAAACCGUGUGAAAGUGUUCGUAGAAUUGAAACUUAUAUUGUUGAACCGCAAAAUCGCUAUAUAUAUACAAAUAAUGAUUAUAAUUUUGAAGUGAUCCAGCAUCCAUACGACGGAAUCUUAUAUGAUGAAAGUUCCAUAAAUACAAAUAGAAAACAAUCAAUGAUAAUAAAAUCUCCUUCAGGUAAAACUUAUGAGAUGUUAAAGAAUGAUCCUCAUUUUCCAUUUGGCACAUGGAAAGUAAAUAUUAAAAUAAAAGAAGCAGGCAUUUGGACAGCUUCUGUGGCUGCAGAUUCGGGUACAGGUUAUUGCGAAUUUGCCGAAUGGCUUUGUGUAUGA